GAGGAGGCGGCGGCGCCCGCGGAGCUGGCCGACAGCAGCGGCGACUGCGCGCUCCCGGGCCAGCGGGCGGGAGCCGCGGACCGACCCCGGCUGCGCUCUGUCGAGCUGGCCGGGUGCGCCCGGAACUGCCCUCCUGCGCAGAGCAGGACCCGACAUGACCGUGAUGCCAGUUUGGCCAGCGCCCCGCCGCCUCGGGGACGCAGCAACUUGGUGAGGGGCACAGGGCUGCGGACUAGACUGCUCCAGAGCUGGGCGCUCCCGCCGGACGGGUCUCCGAGUGUUGGUCUCGGCCCAGAGGCGAGGACGACCUCAGGCCGGCGGGUGGGACCAGUGGCACCGCCGUGGGACAGGUAGAGUGAGUCUGAGGCCAGUGGACGAACAGACAGAAGCUGAGAAAUCCCCCAAAAGGAUGCGUGAGAGCACCGGGUGGAACUGGAGCACAGGAGGCUGGCUGCUGGCGCUCUGCCUCGCCUGUCUGUGCACCCUCCUGGCCUCGGCUUCCUUGCAGUCUCUUACUGCCACAGUCCCCGUGAAGCAGGGCACCUGCGAGGUGACAGCUUCUCAUCGCUGCUGCAACCGGAACCGCAUUGAGGAACGCUCCCAGACUGUCAAGUGCUCCUGCUCCUCCGGCCAGGUGGCUGGCACCACCCGGGCGAAGCCCUCCUGCGUGGACGCCUCCAUUGUCCUGCAGAGGUGGUGGUGCCAGAUGGAGCCCUGCCUGCCCGGGGAGGAGUGCAAAGUGCUCCCGGACCUGUCGGGGUGGAGCUGCAGCAGCGGACACAGAGUCAAAACCACCAAGGUGACACAAUAGGUAUUGAGGUCACUGCAUGGGCAGGACUGGUCUGCAGACUGAAGCAUGGUGUCCAGUUAUCGGCCAGCAAACGUGGAGGUUCACCUGCCUGGACACGCGCCCCGUGCCACAUGCAGUGUCACUUUCUCCAGGGGCGUUUCAGUUAAGCUGCUGAGAGGAUGUGGACACAUCUCCGCCCACAUACCUAGUAUUGUGCUGGGCUCUCCCUGGGCACACAGAUGAAGGUCAAGGUACAAGGUCUGCCUUCAAGGGAUGGCCAGUCAAGCUGGAGAGUUGACGGACGACAAUCUAGAUCAUUUAGACUAAAGCGUGUGGUGCCAGACUGUGGCUUCUGGGUCACGGCCUGUGGGCAUGUGGGGGUUUGGGGAUGAAAUUCUCACAGCUCUUCAGCCACCCCCGGCCACAGGACACAGAGGCCAGAGGUCAUGUUCACCACCCACGACUCCCCCACUUCACAUAAGCCCAAAUCCCCGGCAAGCCGCUGACAUGCUGGAGGAAGACACUCACCCCCACGCCAGCCCGGCUGUACCUCCUUUGGCCUGACUUGGGGAUGGAAGGCGGAGAUGGAGCCAGACUGGCCAGCGGAGCUUCUGCAGGGGCGCCCCUGGUUUCUGGGCCAUUCCUUGGGUAGAGGAUGGACAGGACCUUCACGCGGCCGCCAUCCAAACACCUUGAGUUCUUGUUUGCUUGUUUGGACAGAUGGGGACAAGUCCCAGAGAGGAGAGGAAGCUCGCCCGAGGCCUCACAGCCUGGAUCUCCACUGACCUUCCCACUUAGCCUGCAAGUGGGAAUUUAACCUGGGCCUUCCUUGCUGCUUUUGUCUCGAGAACAGGAACCUUCAAAGAACUGGCUGCUCAGCCGCAAUGUUUUUCUUGGGAGAGCCUAGGGCAGGAACUUUUACCGAGCGAGGUCCCUGCUGUCCCAUCUGAAAUAAAACUGAAUUCCUGCACACCGGGAUGUGGGGCCACUGGAUCUCCACUGUGCCCUCAGCUCCAGAAAUUCCAGACAGGGCCCGUGACAGCCCAGAGGUCACUCGGCACAGUGACAGCCAGGACACUCCGAGCCGGCAGCCCCAUUGCCCGCUCUGACCCAUCCCUUCCAGAGUCCUUUGGCUGUCACUCUCAGAGGCUCUGGCUCUAAGAGAGGGUCUGGGUGGGUCCAGGCUGGUCAGCCCUUGAGAGGUCCUGCUGGGCUGGAUGGAACCUCUAUCCCGGGCUGACGGUUGGCCCGGGCGGGCUGCCACCCAGGCUCCAGGGACCCAGAGACAUGGGCUGCUCGAGUAUGUCAUCAGUAAGAGAAGUGAAGCCUCAGUGGCGGCGGCUGGGAUCAGCUGGGAGCAGCUGGGAGCAGCUGGGACGGCCAGGACUGUGGGGGGUUGCGGGGGGGGGGGGGAACGUGAGGGAGGGGUGUUAGGGAGACCAGCCUGGACAAUGCUGAAUUCUGACCUUCAGACUGAGGGCUGGGGCCCAGUCUCUCUCUCUCUAUCUCCCUCUCUCUCCCCCCCCUCCACCCCACCCCCUGCAGGAGAACCAAGACUAUUCACCCCCCAUCCCCCAGGGCGUCUCUUCUUGUGUUUGUUUUGUUCUGUUUGGGGCAAUGGGGGGAACGAUGGUGCCAGCUUCUCACCAGACUAGAGUUCUCUCUCAGAACUAGACUUCUGACAACUGUGAAUCUCAGCACAUAGUGGGGUCCCAGGCCGGGUGGUCAAGGAGUAGGUCAAAGGUUCUCAUCGCCUUCCAGGCUGGGAGUAGGUUAAGGGGUUGGCGGACUUUCUAGAAAGGGCCAGAUGGUAAAUAUUUUAGGCUUCACCCAACACAUACAGUCUCUUUGGUGUAUUUUUCUUUGGUGUUUUUUUUUUAUUUUCAAUAUUUUAUUUAUUUUUAGAGAGGGAAGAGAGAGAGAGAGAGAGAGAGAAACAUCAAUGUGCGGUUGCUGGGGGCCAUGACCUGCAACCCAGGCAUGCGUCCUGACUGGGAAUCGAACUUGCGAAACUGGUUUGCAGCCCAGGCUCAAUCCACUGAGCUACGCCAGGCAGGAUUGUUUUUGUUUUUAAAAAACUUUUAAAAAUGUAAAAGCUAUUCUUAGCUCGAGGGUUGCACCGAGCCAGGCCCCAUGCUGUUUUGGGAAGGCGGCCAGCCCCGGUGAACCUUUGAAGGCGGCCAUCCCUUACAUCUGCAGCUCAGGGCCGCUCCCCAGCCUCCUGGCCCGCCUUCUCCGCAGUGGGAACCUGAGCUCGAGGUCUGGGUCAGGUUUUGUUUUUCUUCUAAUGCUCCUUGAGAGAUGGGUGAGUGAAUUAUUUAGGCUACUAAUGAGGCCGCUUUAGCAGAGUCAGGCAAUGCGAGCCUGCCCUCCUGGAGGCCGGGACAUGGGCUUCUGCACUGCCUCCUGCCCCUGGAGCCUGGGUCUGGGAGGGAGGGAGGGAGAGGGCUCCAGCCCCCUGCCCGUCCGCUGUGUCCACAGGCUGCUGGGCUAUGAGCUGGGGAGUCUGAGGUUGGGGAUGCUGCUGUGCAAACUCCACCCCCUUGGGCUGCCGACCACCGCCAGCCCCUGCUUUGGUCAAAGUCCAAGCUCCCUGGCCUUCCCUGGUCUUCUCUCAUCCCUGCUUACAGAGACCUCUUUCCUUCGGCAAAUGCUGGAAUUUACUAAUUCAUUUUUUAAAAGACUAUUUAUUUAUUUAAAAGACUAUUUAUUUAUUUAGAGAGAGGGGAAGAGAAGGAGAAAGAGGGAGAGAAACAUCAAUGUGUGGUUACCUCUUGCAUGCCCCAUACUGGGGACCUGGCCCACAACCUAGGCAUGUGCUCUGACUGGGAAUCAAACCCACAACCCUUUGGUUCACAGGCUGGUGUUCAAUCCACUGAGCCACACCAGCCAGGGAUGCUAAUUCAUUUUUUAACCUCUCAAAGCAUCCAUUUCCUCCUGACCUAUCCAGAUACUUAUCUGGUGGGCUUUGAGGGAUGUCCUUUACAUGGCCAGGAGAGUGAGCCCCACCCAGGAGGGUCUGGUGGAGAAGGGAAAGCACCCCAUCUCCCAACAGUAGCUCCCUAGGGUCCUGCUUCCAACUAAGUCAAUAUGUGUGCACAUUGUAUAGCUACUUCAGUGGCAGUUUAGGAAUGCAAAUACAUUUUCCUGGAGCACAGGCAUCCUGGAGUCUUCUGUCUUCCCCAUCUUCCCUUAGUGGGAUGGGAUCUCAGAUUCCCCAGAGUUAGCUUGUGUCCCCAACCCCCUCCUUAGGAAGGUUGCCAGCCACAGGAGAUCAUGCAGCUAAUUUCCAUGACCUCCUGGCAGUUUUCAUUAGUCUGUGAGUGACAUCCUAAUUAAUGGCCCCAGGCAAUUGCCUACAGUGGAGGCUGCAAUUUCCUAAAAUCACAAGCUUAGAGCUAGAGGGAAUGUUAGAGAUUGGUUAGCCAACUCCCUCAUUAGACAGACGGGAGGGAGGCUCAGAGAGGCUAGGUGAUUUGCUCAAAGUCACACAGCAAGCUGGUGGCUCAUCCUGCCCAGUGAUCCAGACAAGUGCUCUUUGCACAACUGCAUGUUGCCUCUUUCCUCCAGUGCAGAUGAGGAGGCAGCAAAGAAGCCAGGAUUUUAGCAAGGAUGGAUGUGAGAGUCUCAUUCCCAAAUUACCCAGCUCUGAGUGCCAGGGGACAGAACAAAGAAGAAUGGGAAGGGUUUAGAGAUAGAUACACAGAAAGAGGGAAGCAGAGACAAAAAGAAGAGCUUGAGACCACUCAUUCAAAACAUCAAAACACAAGCAUAGCACAAAA